AUCUUACAUCCCCGCACCUGUAGAUGGGCCCUACAUACGUUUCUUUACGAUCACAGUUUGCGACGAAGACAACGGAAUAUUGGAUUGCCCACCUACACACUGCGCACCAACAUCAUCGCACACGGAAUAGCUGCGACUAUUAUACGUAGUUGAAACAACCGCCUUCAUCCUCGAACGAACGGUGUCCGUCUCGCUUUCCAAUCACAACUUUUCUGACGUCUAAUUUCUAUCGUUCGGCUGGACACACAUACCCAUGGAGACAGCCCCGCAACGUCAUCCCUACACGUCUGCACCCUCCGAUGGAUCUCGUACGAUCACGACCCUCGCGCAUGAGACUCCGGUAAUUGAUAGAAUUGGUGCCUCAGGAUCUAGUGGGAGCUUGGGCGAGGGUGGAUCGGGUCCGGGAGAGAGUUCCAGGACGGCGGUGGGCACGCUUCGGUUGAGAGGUGCAUCGAGGCGGAAUGCGCAAAGGGUCAUGUGGGGAGAGGACGUUGUGGAUAAUGAAGGAUGCGGGAAGAAGAAGUCCAAAAUCUGCUGUAUAUUCCACAAGCAACGACGAUUUGAUGAGUCUUCGUCGGAAUCAGAAUCUGAUUCAGAUAGCUCGUGCGCUGGAUCCGAUGCACACGGCAGUAAUGAACAUGACCAAGUCUUGCCAUGUCCACACCGACACACUCACGGCCCGAAUGGGAAACACGACUCGGACUCUGAUUCUGAUUGGAAUGCGUAUGAGAGACUUCCAAAAUCGCAGAGGAGGAAGACGAGGAGGGGUUAAGAUCCCACAUCGUGGAAUAUUUUAUCUGAUUGUGUUGUAGGUGGGGCAUGUGCAUGAAUCAUGAGUACGGUCAUGGGGUGCUUCGGACUGGGUUACCG